CCUUCGACGUCGCAAGCCCCGCCCCUUCUCUCGUCGGGGGGGAAAGUUUCGCUUCCUCCGCAGUGUUUGGGUCCGCCAGCUGAGUGAGAGGCCGGAAGCUUCGAAGCUGAGCCGGAAGUCAGAGCUUUAAGACUUAGGUACGCGGAGAGGGAAAGGGCCGAGAGUUGCCAAGGCAACCGUCCGUGAAGAAAUGAUACGUUGUGCCUCUCACCUUUGGACGACUUCUUCCUUCCUGUGUUGAAUAAGAACAGUAACAAUGGAGCAGUUCAUUUGGGAUUUGAGGCAAAGCAUUUAGUGACCAGAGCAUGUAGAGAGAAGAUUCUGCUGAUGAGCAUGAGAAAUGUAGCAUGGCUAUGAAUGGAACUCUUUCGCCAGGUGUGAAGCUUUUAUGAACAAGUUAUGAUCAGGGUCCUGGAAACUGGAAGAAACGGAAUCUGAAACAAUGGAGGAAAUGGACAUAUCCGAUACACAGUGGGGCUGGUUUUAUUUAGCAGAGUGUGGCAAGUGGCAUAUGUUUGAGACCAGCUCUAGCACACAGUGUUCAGUCAGCAGUGAGCAAAUUGAACAGCUAUAUAAACUGAAUCCACAUGGAUCGCUUAAUUUUACUACUGCAAAGUUUAACUAUAGUCUCAGUUUUACAGAGAUGAGCCAGACCAAUCUGUGUACGGGGAAAAAAAGGCCAAUCAAAAGAGCUCCAUUUUCUCUCACCGCAUUCAGUUAUAUAUGUGACAACGGUUCUAUACCACUGCCAUCACACUGGGAGCAUGUAAAUGAUUCAGAACCCUAUCAGCUUGUUCCAUUGCUCAAUAUUUCUAAUGAAUAUAGUGAAGUUGCCAACCGCUUUGGAAAGACCUUGGAUAGAAACUGCAUUAAAAGUGUCCAUAGGGUUCAAAACCUCGAUUUGUGGGAAUUUUACUGCAGGAAGAAAGCCCAAUUAAAAAAGAAAAAAGGAGCCUCUGAAAUAAAUGAAGAAAUGCUGUUUCAUGGCACUGACACAGCGUUCGUAGAGGCAAUAUGCAUUCAUAAUUUUGACUGGAGGAUAAAUGGUAUGCAUGCUGCUGCCUAUGGAAAAGGGACAUAUUUUGCAAGGGAUGCAUCGUUAUCUAGCCAGUUUUGCAAAAACAAUGGAAAACAUGGAGAUACACUGCAAAGCCAUGGGAUUGACCUAAACAAGUGUUCUACGUGGUCAAGGAAAUGUAUGUUUCUGGCCAGAGUACUUGUCGGGGACUAUGCAGUCGGGAACUCCAAGUACAUUCGACCUCCUUCGAAAGAUGGCACUUUGCUAAACUUGUAUGACAGCUGUGUCGACGACCCAUUCUGUCCCCGCAUUUAUGUCAUAUUUGACUCCACUCAGAUAUACCCCGAGUACAUAAUACAAUUCGUUUAGCAACAGCCACCUUGUCACCAGCAAGUGGAUUGUGAACAUUUCAGUGACUCGACUUUUUCAUUUCAUGGAGGAGAAAAUAAAAGUCUUCCCCUCACCCUG